GACUCCAUUACGCUGGGCCAGCUCAAGGCCAUGCAAUCCUACUACGACUUUCGCUACGACGACGAAGACACAGUUCUCAACGAAAUAGAAGAGUUCUACUCAUUUGUCGAGACGCCACAGAUUGAUGAGAACUGGAAGGCCUGGCAAAGUGGUUCCUUCACGGGCGAAUGGAUCAAGGCCCCUGCGAGCAAGAAGAAGGCACAUGUCCUGAUGUUGUUGGAGGGUCUGGAACAUAAGACUGUCGAGAUCAGGUUCGUCAAUGCGAGGAGGCUGUUUUAUCUGUUACAAGGGAGCUUCGCCGAGACGACAUCUCCAGAACAUCAACUUCAUUGGAUAUUCGAGAAUUGUAAGAUCGUACGCUCUGCUAAUGGACUAGGCCUUAUUAUGGAAGCUAUGAGGAAUGCGAGUCAGAAGUAUGAGUUCCUGACCACUAUGGGCGACUCUGAGGCAGCACGAAUCAGUCUUUCUCCAGAAGAGAAGGAGGUUUUUGUGGAGGAGCUUAUAACUGAGAUUUCAGUGUACCUUGGUAUGCUGUAUCACUUGAUCGAGGCAUUGAAGGGGUAUGAAGAUUUUGCGGAUGAACUCAUGAGUCUUGAUCCUCCGCUUCCGGUUUACUUCUAUACCCUCGUUUCUGCAAUCCGAGAAAGAGGUACGAAGGGCUAUCCGACUAAGAAGCUUCUCCUUGUCCUCUGGAAAUCGAUACUUUGCUGCUUGGGUGGCGUUCGUGACCUAGGACGAGUGAAACGCCUAGCCCGCGAACUCUCCGGCUUACCUCCCAUCCCCGACGAAGCCGUCGCCAUCAAAUCAUCUCCUCUUGACAUCGAAACCUUUCACCAAGAGAUCUCCAUCAAAUAUCCAACGUUCUCCAACCCGGCACCUGCACCUACGCUUCCACCUCUAUCCGUCAACUCCAACCCGACCUCUGGAUUUAGUUCCCCAUCAUCAACAUCCGUGACUUCCUCCUUCUCAAACAUACACGCUCCGCGACCCAUCACUCCCGUCCCAACAAACAAACUCGCCGAAGCCUACACGCCCAUCCCCGUCCGUCAUCAUUAUCACCACGAUGAUCCAGACCCAUCCUCUAUGUCUGGCGGCAUCUCCCUGUCUCACUUCCAACAGAUGCAACUUCAGCAGCAACAGCAACAACAGCAAUCCAACGGCGGUGGUUUCAGGGGACUCCCACAGCCUGGGACUCCCGCACCCAGUCCCCCACCGCCACCAUCCCCGAAACCGAAGAAGCAGCAGUAUCAGACGGAUCCGACGAGACCCUUCUUGUUCCCUUUCUCGAGGAAGAGGGUGAGGGGAAGGGAUAUACCGCUAGUGCCGUUUGCGAUCGAGGAGGCUGAUAGGCUUUAUAAUAGACAUAUGUAUGUCAGUACUUCGUUGUGGCAGAUUUGGAAGACUAGGGAGGAAUGUAUCACGGCGGAGAGUGGGUUGGAUCAUCUGAGGUCUGAUGGGGAGAAUCAGACUCAGGAACAAGCACAGACACAGGCGAGUGCUAGAAAGAGUGUAGACGCACUUCCGGAUGUCAGUCUUUUAGAUGCGAAAAUUGCAGAGGCGGAUGCUGCGAUGAAGGCAGCGGAGACAGGAAACGAGAAGAGACUGGCCAAGCAACGAAAAGAGGAUCUGACGCGGCUGAAGCGGGUCGAACAAAUCUAUAGUGCAAUCCUACCCAUCUUGAGUAACUGGACCCUCGUCGCACUCAAGCUCCUUUUGGCAAUUGUUACGGCCGCCUCGCCCAACCCACCACCGUCCGCUGGUGCAGGUGGUUUCCCGCCUGGCGUACCUUCUCCUCAAGAACAGCCGAAUUCAAUGCAUCCACCCAGUAUGGAAGACCUUGACGUAGCACGACACCGGGAAAUCAUCACCAAAGCGGUUUCUGCCAUGCUUCUGUUGACCUUGAAGUGGCUCAAAGUGUCUCAUGUCAUGAAGUUUCACUACCUGGGACAGCAGCUGCUCGAUAGCAACUGUUUAUUGCUAGUCAUGAAGAUGUUCGGUAUGCAGGAUAUGUCGAUGGUCGUGGUGUCGAAAGUCGAUAUUCCUGAACUUGACUUCUUCCGAUAUUGCCUCGUCAAUUUCUCCAAGAACCCUCAAGCUGCCCGCGUGGAGGAGAAUAUGAUUCAACCACGACGAACCAUCACUCGGUCAAGGACCCUACCGAACGGUAUGAAGACCGAAGAGGAAAUCGAUAUGUUGACGGACUUCUCAUGGCGCAAUUUCUUCUCGUCCAUCAAUUUCGUGAAAAUAUUGCAGAAGUUGUCCAAGCAUCGGGCACAUAGGAUCAGGAUGCUGGUUCAAUACAAGAGCACAGCGGUCUUGAAGAGGAUGUUAAAGGUCCAGCACCCGAUGCUGCAGCUGCAGAUCUUGAAGCUCAUCAAGAGCCAAGUUCCAUUUAGUGGUCGGAAGUGGCGGCAGACGAAUAUGCAGGUCAUUACGUCCAUAUACUUGCAAUGUCGGCCUGAUCUACGAGACGAAUGGUUAACGGGGAGCGAGGCAGACGAUGUCCCUGAAGGCCAGGCUCAAGAACAAGCUCUCCGCCAGCUAACCAAAUUCUACAACAGCAGUCGCUACGGUCAACAAGUAGCACAGAUACAAAGCCACGCUCAUCGCCGCUCCGCCAGCAUGUCCCAUAACAUGGACGGCCUUCACCCCGGUCCCGAAGUCUCGGGCCUCCUCCGUCCAGUCGGCACCCCCAACAUCGUCGAAGCCGACGUCUUCCCCCCUGUCCGCGCCCAAGCCCCGGACCCGCACAUAUUCCUCCCUUACAUCACAGAGGACAUCGCGUUCGAGGAGGAAUACGAGGAAUAUCUUUCUGACCUUGGUUGGUCAGACUCGGAGUCGCACUCUGGAGAAGGAGGUGCGCACGGGACGUCGGCGUGGCACAGGCUUCCUGAGUUUGCGUCGGAGAUCGCGGAUGGAAUUAGUGAUAGUGAGAGUAUCGUUUCUAUUGGGGACUUGGGUGAUGAGGGUGAAAUCCGUGAGUCGAGCCGGAGUGAGCGAGAUGAACCAGACGAGAAUAGGAAUAACUGGGAGCAUAUGAGCCCUAAGACCAUGGCCGUUCUUACCAAGUCCCCCGCAGGAAGGGGCGCCCGUCGUGCAUCUUCCGGAGAGCGUUUACGCCCUGUUAUACCGUUCGGUCUGGAUGAGGUCAAUCUUGGUGAGGACUUUGAAGACGUAGAGGACGAUGGCGAGGAGGAUUUGGGGCCGAUGCCUAGAGACGAGUCUGGACCAUUUGGGUCAGGAGGUGGGAUUGACGAGGUUGAGUAUGCGUACAGGUGA